AUGGGUUAAGAGCAUUCUAAAAAUAACAAUUAAGAUAAUAAGGAAGUCAAUAAAGAUAAUAGAAAGGAUGAUUUUAAACAUUCUUAAAGGGAUAACAGGGGUGAAUAAAUUCAAGAUUAAAGCAAUUAACCAUUACAAAGCGAAAAGCUUUAAGAAUAAAAUUUUAGAAAUAAAAGGUAGGGUUAUGGGUAAUAGUUUUAAGGUAAUUAAAUUAAAGAAGAAGAGUAACUUUAAGAUUAGAGUGAAUUUUAAAAUGAAUUUAAGAAAAAAAGAGAGUAAAAGAGUUAUCAUCAUAAAGAAUAAUACAAAAACUAUUAAUAAAAUGAAAAAACUCGAAAUUACAGAAUGUUUUAACAUCCCAAAAAAGGAGAUAAUAAUUAAAUAGAAGAAGAAGAAAUUUAGAUGUAGAAAUAAGGAUAAAUAAUAGAUUAUUAGUAGAAUAAUAAAUUUAAGAAUUAAUAAAAUGAAUUCAAAGAAAGAUAUAAAAAAUAAAAAUACGAUGACAGAAAUGAAAAAAUACAUGAUCGAAUCAAUUAAAGUGAAUAGUAGAUGAAUCAAAAUUUUGAAGAAAAUACACAAGAAUAGUAAUAAAAUCAUAAAUAUAGUAACUACCAAAAAGAAUUCAAAGAUAAAUAGAGAAAGUAAAAAUAUAAUGAUAGGAAUGUAAAUGUUUAAUAACAUAAUUAAUUCAAAAAAUAAGAUGAAGAAUUUUCUGAAGAUCAAAGGUAUUUUAAAAAACCUUAAAACAGAUAAAGCACUGAAGAUGAUUUACAAAGUUAAUAACAAAAGUAGCAAAAAAUUCAAGAUUUAAAAAUUAUUAAUCAAUUUUGCAAGUAACAUUUUAGCUUUAGCUUACUUAGAGAAGAUGAAAACUCUUGGUUCAAUGUUAAUUAUAGCAAUUUAUUGUCUAAUAUUUAACUUAAAGAAAUACUUUAUUAGAUGAGAAGUGCUUUAAAGUAUUUAGCUGAAUACUUGAAAUAACACAUAGAUAUCAAUUAACAAAAUAAAUAAUUCAACAAUUAUGAGAUAAAUUAUAUGAAUUUAAUCAAAUUGUAUAUAAAUAAUAUAGCUGAUCUCAAAUAAAGAGUUGACUAAGGCAUAAAUAAAAAAAUUUCUCAACUUAUUAAUCAUGCUGCUUUAAUUGAAACAUAAACUAAUUUAGAUAAUUCUGAAGUAUAAUUUGAAAAUAAAUUUUACUCUCAAGAUGAAAUAGCAAAUUAGCUUUAAUCCUAAUAAAUAGUGAAUCAAUUAAAAUUGAAGAGUGAAAAUUCUAAUAGUAAUUAAUAGGAUUAAGAAAUUUAGAUUGUCUAAUAAAACCUCUAAGAUUUCAGUAACAGCAAAGAUCGUGAUGAAGAUAACCAAUAUGACGAAGAGGUAGGAUUUUCUGAAGAGCUAAGUGAUUCUUAAAAUUUAGAUACCUAGUCAGAUAUAAAGAAUUUAAGUGCAGAGUAAAUAAGUUACUUAUCAAAAUUUUAUUACUCCAUUUUAAAUAAAUUUACUAUUGCUUUGAAAAUGGAGAAAAGUAUGUUGGCAAGAAACCUACCAUCAUACUAAAUUAAGAAGUAAUUAAUUCAGUAAGUUGAAUAAUCUAAGAACCCUUUUACACUACUAAUUGGCACAACUGGAUCUGGUAAAACUACUCAAAUAUGCUAAUACAUUUUACAAAAAUAAAUUUUGUCUGAUGAUUUUACAAAGAAAAUAUAUUGUGUUCAACCAAAAAGGCUGAAUUGCUUAACUAUUUCAGAUAGAGUAGCAAAAGAAUUACACACUACUUUAGGAUAAGAAGUGGGAUAUAUUGUUGGGUAUUAGAAACACGAAUAGCUUUAUGAUAAAAAUAAGACUCGCAUAAUAUUUAUAACUCAAGCAAUGUUUUUAAGUUUUUUAGUCCAAAGAAUCAAAAAACUGUCUGAAAAGUAAUAACAGCUUAAUUAGUGUCGAAUUCUUAGCUAAAUAAGUUACAUUUUACUUGAUGAAGUACAUGAAAGAACUGUAGAAGCUGACAUAAUUAUGGGAAUUUUAAAAUAGUGUAUUGAUAAUACUUCGAAUAUUAAAGUAAUUCUAUCAUCUGCUACUGUUAAUACUGAAAAAUAUUUGAAAUUCUUUUAGCAAGACGAAAUUCCUAUGGAACUUUGCUAAAUACCAGGGAAGAUAUAUGAAAUUGACGAAAUCUUUUGCAAUGAUUUGUAUGGUAGCAAUGUCAAAAAAGUUGUUUAAACUUUAAAACAUGUUAUUUCUAUGAUACAGUAAGGAGAUAGUCUUCAUCAAGGACACAUUUUGAUAUUUUUAACAGAUGCACAAGAUAUUGAGCAAUGUAUUUCUGAGUGCAGAAAAUUAACUUGCAUAGAUUUUAGAAAAUACAUACUCUUGGCUCUUCAUAAUAAAACAGAUAUCAAUGACUAAAAUAAAAUUUUCUAAGAUCUCGUGAAUCCCUAUACAAAUCAAAUGGUGACUAAGAUCAUAUUUGCUACAAAUAUUGCUGAAUCAGCAAUUACAAUUAAUAAUGUAACUGUUGUAAUUGAUUCUGGUAAAGAAAAUUGCCUUGUCUAUGAUCCUUUAAAGUGUAUCUCUUCAAUGAAAGAGUAAAAUAUUUCCAAAUCUUCAGCUAUUCAGAGGUAAGGCAGAGCCGGAAGAACUUGUCCAGGUAUUUGCUACAAAUUGUAUACAGAAUCUGAGUAUGAAUCUUUCCUUUAAGACAGUAUUCCUGAAAUUUAAAGAAUAAAUAUCGAUUUUUCUGUGCUAAAAUUGCUAGAGUGUGGUAUUUAUAAUUUAUUUGCUUUUCCUUUUUUUGAAAACCCAGGAUAGCAAGUCUUGUAAAAUUCAAUAACCAACCUGUAAAGACUAGGAGCAAUAAACUAAGAUGUAUAAGUAACAUAACUAGGUAAAGUAAUACAGUUUACUGAGCUUGAGCCAUAUUAAGCUAAGUGCUUGAUAGAAGCUUCUAAGAGAGAUGUUUUAGAUUAGGUUUUAAAUAUUUUUGCUUUUAUGGCUGAAAAUUAAUCGCUUUUCAAAAAAUAUGAAAAAGAUUAGAGUUUUGAAGAUAAUUCAAAGAAAUCUUAAAUAGAAAUAGAUAUAAGCAAUUAUAAGAACGAAUAUAAGAGUGAUUUCUUAUUCUAUAACUUUUUGUUUAAUAGAAUAACUCAAGAGCUGCAAAAUGAUAAAAAUUUUAUUUCUAAAAAUAAGAAAAUCAAAGAAUCUGUUUUUCUUAAUAUUUAUUUGAGUAAAAGGCAUUUAAAUUAAGUUAUAAACUAAGCAAAGAAAAUAUUUUAAAAUGAAUUCAAAGUAGAAAAUUAACUUUUAUAAGACAGUGAAGAAGUUAGAAUUUAAAAGUGUAUGCUAUGCUGCUAUUUGAACUAAAUUGGUACUUACACUGGAUCUAGAAUUUUAGGAUUUACUAACAUUUAUAACGAGAUUAACUUCUCGAUUCAUCGCUUCUCUAAAUUUUGCAAAUCUGAAUUUAAAGAAGGAGAUUGCUUAUUCUAUGCUUCUCUUGAAAAUGUAGAGUCUGAAAAUUAUGCAUAACAUAUUUCUAUUUUCAAAAGAGAAUGGUUAGAAGAUGAAUCCAUCAUUCCUAGCAACAUGAUGACCAAAAUUUAAGCAGAACUGGUUAAGAAAAUUAUCCCUAAAUAUAUUUGUAAUAUUGAUGUAAGCAGAUAUAUUUUAUUGGCAUUUAAAAAGAAGUACUCUGAAAAGAUAAAUGAAUAUUUAAAAUAAUUAAGCUAAAAUAAUCCUAAACUAAAAAUAUUUAUGAUCAUUGAUGAGAGUAGUUGCUCAAUAAAAUUCUUAGGCAGUUAGGAAGGGGAAAUCGCUUUUAAAGAAUAAUUAGUCUAAGAGAAUAUACUUAGGAUACUAAACGAUGAAAGAACGAAGCAAAGAAAGAAUAUUGUGAUACGAAAGUACAAAGAAUCUGAAAAUUAUGUAGUAUUUGGUUAAGGAUACUAGAUAUUAGACAUAUUACUACCUCAUGAAUAUGUUAAAGUGAGAGUUUAUAAUUUCCCCAGUAAAAUUUAAGGAUAAUAAGUAACAGAGAAAACUGUUGAAUAAUUUUUUAUGCUUGAUUAAAAUAAAGAUUAUUUCAAUGUUUUUUUUCAAAAAAAUUCAUUUGAUAAGAUGGCUAUUUACAUUGUUUUUAGAAAUUAUGAAAGUGCUAAAAACUUUUUAUAUUAAUUCAAUUUAAAUAUGCCUUAAUAAUAUAAGGAUAUUUAUAUUUAAGGUGUACCAGAAUCGAGAGCUUCUCAAAAAUUAGAGAUUGUUUCUGUUAUAGCUGAAUGGCCAAUAGCAAAAUCUUUGGGAAAGGCAUAAAUUAUUUUUAAUAACUAAAUUGAUAGAGAUGCAACAUAUAAUAGAUUGCUUUACUAAUAUAUUAAUGGCAUUAAAAUAAAAGUAUUCCAGCAUGAUCCUGAGCCUAAAUAGCAUCAACAGCUAGUAAAAAAUUAUUGUAUAAAUAUAAACUCUUUGAGUCAGCAAACUACUGAAUAAGACAUAAAACAUUUUAUAUCUAAUCAGUAUGGAGGAUUUGAAAAUAUUUUGAUAAGAAGAGAAGAAAUUAAGGUAGAUGAGACAUAAAGGCUAUAAAAUAUUGAAAGAUACACAAAUCAGCUAAAGACUUUAAUGAGCAAAAUUGUUAAUGAGGAAGAGCUUUAAUAAAUUUAAAUCUAAUAUGAUAACCCUAAAAAAGGAUAAAUGAAAGCAAGAAUUUAGUUUCCAAAGGCAAUCUAAGCUGAAAAAUUUUAGUAGUUAUACAAUAAACAAGUGUUCGAGCAAGGAAGGUUGAAUUUAUACAUUUAAAAUCAACAAAGAUUUACUUUGAAAAUAAAAGCAUAUGAAAUAAUUAAAGAUUAAUUUGAAAAAAUCAUAUUAAAAUUUAAGGACUCAAUCUUUAUUGAUGUAAAAUAUGCAGAUUAUGAAGUUUUAAUAAAUUUAAAGUCUUAAAUAGAUUUUAAGUAAAAUUUAUUGUAAAACAAUACUCAAGAAACUCAAAAUCUCUUUAAGUUAAUAACUCAGUAGAUAAAGAUACUUUUCAAACCCUUAAUAAUAAACUUUGAUAUUCAUCCAAGAGAUUUCAUUUAGUAGUAUGAAAAGAAUAUUCAAAUAUUUGAGAAAAUUUAAAAUCAACUAAAGGUCUGCAUCAUACCAACACCUAAGAAAGCAGAAAUAUAAGUAUGGUUCGAAGAAUAAAAUGAAAAUGCUAAAUAGAAAAUUAUUUAGAAAAUAUAGAUAGCUUUUUAAUAAAAUAUUAUUUCAUAGAAACUACUGAAAAAAAAGUGGUACAAUCAAAAGUAGUUGCAAGAUCAAAUAUAAAAUUUAGUAAGAUAAAAUUUUAUUUCAAAUUAUGAUGAAAAAUAAGACUCUAUCAUUAUUAAAGGAGUUUAAUCUUAGCUGUAAAAAGCUCUAAGAAUAAUUAAUUAAGAAUGUAGAUUAGUAUAAUCUACAUAAUCAUGUAAAAUUUGCUUCGAAGAUAAGCUGAUAGAAAAAAUAGAUAACUGCGGAUGCACUUACUGUUAGGAUUGUUUGUUGCAGCAUGUAUUAUCAAGUGCUAUUAAUAGCGAAUGUGUAUGCUGUCCUGACCACAAGGAAUCUCUGAUAAAUAUAGAAGAUAUCAAGGAUUUUAUUUCCUAGCUUGAUGAAGAAAAACUAAUUAAUGAUAAAAUUAAUUCCUAAAUAGAUACAUGGAAAAAUAAAAAAGUAAACUUAUCUAAAUUUAUUAGAUGCACAUCUAUAAACUGCGACUCUUUCUUCGGUAAAAAGUAUUACGAUAAAAAUUAGUAAGAAGUUGAUGUGGACAUGCCAAGUGAGCUAAAAUGUCCUGAAUGCUUCUACAGUUUCUGCUUAAAGCAAACAACAUAUGGAAUUAUGAAAUUACAUAAUUAUCAUAGUACUGGAUAUUGUUUGGCUGAAAGUGAUUAAUAAGUUGUAGAGUAGUUAAAAAAAUUAAACUAUAAGCAGUGCCCAGGUUGCAAUGAUAUGAUAUAAAAAAGUAUGGGUUGUAACCAUAUGACUUGUAAAUGUGGUGCUCAUUUUUGCUUUUAAUGCUUAUAUUAUCCAACUCCAUCAAAUGCCCAGGCUAUUUAUAGUCAUAUGGCAACUGAAAGACAUUGA